AUGGUGGCAUUUUGUGCUGGGCACUAUUGCUGCUUGCAGCCUGAGCGCCUCGAUGCACAGCACGAGUAUGAUAUUCGAGCGGAUGUGUGGAGUGUUGGAAUUUCGCUGGUUGAACUCGCCAGAGGUGAAUACCCGUAUCGUGGAUGCAACAGUGAAUUCGAAGUGCUGACACGAAUUGUCUCAGAUCCGGCACCAGAGCUCAAAACCGAAGAAGGCUUCUCGCCCUUAUUUUGUGAUUUUGAGCACAGUUGGCUCGAGUAUUAUGAAACGGCUAACGUGGAUGUCGCUGCGUGGUAUCAAACCAUCGUUCAAAGUUGA